AUGGCUUGGUUUGACAGAUUUACCACCUUUGUCAAGGCACAAGGGUAUCAUCAGGGACACUCAAAUCACACACUAUUUACAAAGAAGUCAAUUUCAGGGAAGAUUGCAGUUCUCAUUAUAUAUGUCGAUGAUAUUGUGCUACCUGUUGACAAUGAUGAUGAAAUUAUGAGACUUAAAACAAAAAUGGUCGAAGAGUUUGAAAUCAAAGACCUUGGGAAGUUAAGAUAUUUUCUCAGGAUGGAAGUGGUUCGAUCUAAAGAAGGUAUUUUAGUGUCUCAACGAAAGUACACCCUUGACUUACUCAGAGAGACAGGUAUGACAGGGUGUAAAUCCGUUGACACUCCGGUAGAGUACAAUGCAAAGCUUAGUAAUAUAGAUAACAGAGUUCCUAUCAACAAGGAAAGAUAUCAGCGAUUAGUUGGGAAGUUAAUCUAUCUAUCUCACACGAGACUCGAUAUAUCCUAUACAGUGAGUGUUGUCAGUCAGUUUAUGCAAGCUCCCUAUAAGGAACAUAUGACAGUUGUUGAGCGUAUUUUACGAUAUUUGAUGGAAACUCCUGGUAAGGGCUUAAUGUUCAGAAAGUCCGAUAAAAGGUGCAUUGAAACUUACACCGAUUCUGUCUGGGCAGGUUCUGUUGUUGAUAGAAAGUCAACAUCUAUGUAUUGCACUUUUGUCUGGGGAAAUCUUGUUUACUUGGAGAAGCAAAAAACAGGGAGUUGUAGCUAG